AUGGCAGUAUUAACAAAAGAGCAAUUGUCCCAAUUUGAGAGAGAUGGAUGUUUAGUCAUUCCCAACUUCUUUUCAGACGACAAGGCACACGAAUUGAAACAGAAGGCAGAGAAGCUUUUGGCAGAAUUUUCAUUGGAAGGACAUCCAAUGACCAAGUUUAGCACUGGCACCAACGAGAAGAAGCAUGUUGGUGAUAAUUACUUCUUAGAUUCCGGAGACAAGAUCCAUUUCUUUUUCGAGGAGGGAGCAUUCGAUGAUCAGGGCAACCUGAAGAUACCCAAAGAGAGAGCCAUCAAUAAAAUUGGACAUGGAUUGCACAUUUUGGAUCCAACAUUUAAAGAUUUCUCCAUCAAUGACAAGAUUUCCACUAUGACUCGAGAGCUUGGAUUCAAAUCACCUCAAGUGCUCCAAUCAAUGUUGAUUUUCAAACAACCUUAUAUUGGAGGUUUAGUACCCUCACACCAAGACUCAUCAUUUCUAUAUACAGAGCCAGUAUCUGCAACUGGAUUUUGGUUUGCAUUAGAAGACUGCACAGAAGAAAACGGUUGUUUGUGGUUUGUUCCUGGAUCGCAACAAGACACACCCAUUAGCAAGAGAUUCGUACGUAAUCCUCAUGGACCAGGUACCGUGUUUGUAGGCGAGGAUAGCCCAGCGAUUGAUGAAUCAAAGUAUGUCAAAUGCGAAGUGAAAGCUGGAUCUUUGGUCUUGAUCCAUGGCAGCGUUGUGCACAAAUCGGCUCCAAAUUUCUCUGACAAGUCAAGAUACAUCUAUACCUUCCACUGCAUUGAGGGCGAUGCUUUUUAUCCAAAGGACAAUUGGUUACAACCUACUGACAGCAAGCCUUUCACAUUUGUCUAA